AUGUAUCCUGCCCCUUGGUAUAAGAAAAAAUUACCUUCCAAGUGCUUUCAAGAACGAGUCACUAACAAAGAGAGAUUCUCCGAUGCUCUCAACAGCCAGCGAUGGAGAUUCCUGAAAAGCGGUCUGGAUGAUUUCAGAAAUGGGUGCCCUCCACCUUCGGACAACAUAGUAAUUCAAGGCACAAAAGGGCCUGUCCCCAUAAUCCUACAUUAUAAGAAAAUUGAUGCUUCACAGAUUGUACCUUACGAAUCCAGAGACUUGCUGAGUAAAAGCAGAAUCAUUUACUCCAAACUCACUACAACUCAGAAAGCCAAGAAGGACUACAUUGCCCAGACUGAGCACUGCCUGAUGCAACACCCCCUGGCACUUUAUCCUCAUCUGGAAGAGAGCGUGCCUCCAGAGCUUUUUCAUGAUGUUGUGAAGCUCCUGGACCCUGAGAUGCAUCUGACUAGAACAUCACCUGAUUAUAGUAAAACUGAUGUGACUAUCCCUCCCACUGGUCAAUAUCAUCUGAAGUAUGAAGUGAACCCAAAUAUUAGCUACAGCGCCACCCUCCCCUGGAUACACAAAAACAAGAACCCUUACACGUGGUUUAGUGAAAAAGAGGUGGCCGAGAGAAAACAAGCAGCCCAAAUAGAUUACAUUCCUCCCCUGGAUGAGAAUGUCAAGCGUGUCACAAAGGAGUUUUGUGACUGGAUCAACGCAAUGGGAGGUGAAAAGUAUAACAUCGAUGAAGGCACCAUCAUGAAGUUGUUUGACACAAGGUAUGAAACUGAUAUCAAGACGGCAGCACCCAUUAAAAUAGUGGAGCUCUAUCAAAUACCGGCAGAGCUAAGACAAUACCUGGGGAGGGUUCCAGCCCGGAAAACCGUUAGGAGUUCUGCAAAGCUAACACCUCCUGAGCCCAAAUGGGAAAAGAUUAAAUAUGGAGCCUGGUACCUCCCUCCCAAGACAUGGAAAAAGAGACAAGCAACUGGGCAGGAAGAAAUUCCUGAAUGUCUGCAAGUAUUUCUGAAUGUCAGGAAAAAGAUUAUCCAAAAGGUAAUGUCAGAGCACUCACCACUUCACGGAACGUAUGCCUUUGAGCAUUUCCUUGAAAUGAAAGGCUACAGGAAGCCCAAGUUUCUUCUGCAGAUGUUGGCUGCAAGUCAUUCUGACAAGAUAGAAGACAAUGAAUUUUUCUCCAGGAAGCUUUCUAUGAAGGUCCUUGAAGACUUUAAAUUACACUCUUCCUCAAUCUUUUAA